CCUGAGAGUGUGGUUGGCGUUGGAAGCAUUUCCUAGCUCCGUUCCUGGGAUUUCAGUCUUGCAGCAACCGGUUUGUAGAUUUGGGAGCUGCUAAUGCAGACGGGAUUUGGAGAAAGGGCAUCUGAGCAUUGAGAGGAAAGGAAAUUUAGGCGAUUGCAUGUUUAACAGUAAAUAUAUUUAACAGGUGCUGCCCAGCCCACUUCAAGGCAGAGGGAGAAUGUCUUCACGUGGCAAGAAACGACGCAGGGAGGCCUUGACAGCUGUAAAAGAACCCAGCUUUAAAGCGACAAAAUCUGAGAUCCAAAAGGAGAGCGAGGAACCCAGAACGUCGCGAGUCGAGAGGAAAAGUUUUGCAUUGAGAAAUGUUGGGAAAAGAUCCAAGGGAAAAGUCCAGGCUGAGGAAGAGGGGAGCAAGAAAGCCUACACACAUUGGCUGAUGAAAUCUGAGCCGGAGAGCCGGUUCGAGAAGGGCGUGGAUAUGAAGUUUGGCAUCGAAGACCUAAAAGCUCAACCUAAUCAAACAGCAGAAUGGGAUGGAGUCAGAAAUUAUCAGGCCCGGAAUUUCCUGAGGGAUAUGAAAGCUGGUCAGGAGGCCUUCUUCUACCACAGUAAUUGUAAGGAGCCUGGGAUUGCUGGCAUCGUCAAGAUAGUGAAGGAGGCCUAUCCGGACCGUACUCAGUUUGAAAAGACAGAUCCGCACUAUGAUGCUUCCAGCACCAAAGAGAAACCCAAAUGGUCCAUGGUCGACGUGCAGUUCGUACGAAUGACCAAGCGGUUCAUCCCCUUGGCUGAACUGAAAGUUCACCACCAGGUGCACAAAACCUCAGGAGGGCCCCUGAAAGAUAUGACUCUUUUCACGAGGCAGAGGCUUUUGGUCCAGCCCUUAAGCGAUGAGGAAUUUGAGUUUGUUUUGAGCCUCGAAGAAGAAAAGCCGCAGUAAGAGAUGGAUCUCUCGAGUGCUGGCUGAGCUGUUGUAUGGGAGCAAAAUGUUCUUCAGCGGUCCGAGAGAAGCCGAAAGUCUACCAAAUCAGACUUCUUUAUUCACUACUGGUUGCCUUGUUUGUUUGAGAUAAGUGGUAUUUCCCCCCUUUUCAAAUAUAUGUAUCCAGUUUAUUUACGAGAUUAGUUAUUUAUGGGGAAAAUAAAAUGUACUCUGCCCUG